AUGAAGUCCAAUCUCUCCAUCACCGCCCCUCUGCCGCCGCUGGGCUCCGCCGCCUCCCGCAUUCUCCUCCCAGCCUCCAUCCUCUCCUCACACAAGAAGAAUUUCGCUAUCAAAGGCGCCUCCUCCUCCUCAAACAAUCCACCAAACCCCUUCCUUCCUCCCCUAAAAGCAGCCGCCUCCUCCUCCUCAAACAAUCCACCAAACCCCUUCCUUCCUCCCCUAAAAGCAGCCGCCUGCGCCGUCAUAUUCUCCGCCGCAACAUUCUGGAAGCUUCCCGCCCCUGCCCUGGCGCAGCUUCGGAUACCGUCAGAAAGCGUAACGGAAACCAUAGAUAGCGCUGAGAAUUCGAAUUCUCUCCCGUUGAAAUCCAGCUCCUACGCGAUCCACGCGCUCAAGGCUCUGCUGGAGGAGAAGCUCCACGACUGCGACCACAAGGAGAGCCUCUCGGUUCUACGGAAGCUCGCCGCUGCCGAGCCGGAAAACGAGAAGUGGAGGUGCAUGGCCGCGAGGAUGCUGACGGAGAUGGGGAGGUACGAAGAGGCGCGCUUCGCGUUCGAGGAGGUUCUCUCCCGGAAUCCGCUCAAUUUUGAGGCGCUGUUCGAGAACGCGCUGGUGGAGGAUCGACGCGGGGAGAGGGAGGCGGUGUUGCCGCGUCUGCGCCACGCGCUGGAGCUGGCGGAUAGGGAGAUGAAGCCCAAGGAGGCGCGGGGCGUGAGGAUGAUCAUGGCGCAGAUGAAGCUCCUGGCGGAUGUGCGGCUCCUGCGCAAGGAGAUGGAGGAGGCGAUGCAGAGCUACGACGUAAUGGCUAGGGAGGAUCCCUUGGAUUUCCGCCCUCAUUAUUGUAAAGCUAUGCUUUACAGUUUGAUGCAUGACGAGGAAGAGGCCGAUGAGCAAUUCGCUAAUUAUAUACAGCUCCACGCAAAACAAUAUGGAUUGGAAGCGUAUAUGUGGACUGCUCCAAUUUUCAGAAUGCUGCGUUUUGACGACUAUUAA